UACACAAUUGACUAAUUAAUUCCUUAAAAUUAUGGAGAACAUCUAUGACAAAACUCAGCCACAUACCAGGCGCUUGCAUAGACUAAUGACUAGUUCCGAAGAAGUUGACAUGCACGAUUUUCGUAGGGUCUUCUUUAGGUCAGAUGAAGUCCCUAAGUUUGCGAAUAUACUAGCGUUAGAUUUGGAUCUCUUCGUCAAAAUCAUUAGAGACGAAGUAGGCUUGAGUCGCUUCAUGAAAAUAUUCGGAAUAUCAGACGAUAUCAACACAAUCCUUCUCUGCCCUAUCAUGAUGAGAUUCGAUGAGAUUAUGACUCAUGAACGCGGCUUUGAUUUGGCGUCACAAGUACUAAACGUUUGCAACGUACAUCACAAGAAACUAUUUUGCCAUAUCACGUACCGUCACUUGUUGGUCUUGUCGAGUGACGAAAACGGUUGCAUCGUACUCAAGAAAGUUAUAACAAUAGCUGAUGAUUUCUGGAAAGAUGAAUUCCUUGACCUAAUCGCACAGCACGCUCACUCGCUAAGCAUGCACGACUUAGGAAUCUCCCUAAUCCAACACGUGCUUGAGCUUGAUUUUACAAAGAAGACCACACAAGACGACGCGCGCUUGCACGAGCUAAUGGCUGAGUUUGAUGAGGCUCUCUCUGCAUCUGAUAUAGCAGAUGAUCAGCUCCAUAAGCUUGCCUCGAAGCUAAUGUUAGAUUCUGAUCUCUUUGUCGAGUUUGUCACAACAAGACGAGGCUCGCUCAUGAUUCAGAUUAUCCUAGGAAAAUCCGAAGAAAUCGACAAAGUUCUUUUGGCAGCAGUGAAGCAAAGGUUCAUCGAUGUUACAACCGACUUUUACGGUUAUCGCAUCAUGAUACGAACCAUAAACGCUUUCAAGAAAAGAGGUGAUUUGAAAGUGUAUGAUCAAAUCCUACGCCUAAUCGGAGUCCACGCUCUCUACCUAACAAAGGACCUUGAUGUGGGAAACUCCACGGUUCAACGGGCCAUUAAUCUACACCACCAGGAUUGUACGACAUUCAUCGCGUGUGGGCUUCAAUGUCACUACAUAGAGCUUUCGUUUCUGAAACAUGGAAGCAAAAUUGUGGAGAUGCUUAUCGAUGACCGUAUUUCGAUGGUGCCUUUGGUUCUAAUCAUGAUAGAGAUUGUCAAAUGUGAUGAAGAUACGUUGGUGAGAUUGGCUAAUGAUGAAUAUGGAAAUAACAUUUUGAAAAAGACUCUGGAACUUGCCAAAGAACAUAGGGAUGAUUUCUUUGGUGAUCUUGUUGACAAGUUGAAUCCUUUACUUGAUAGCUUGCGCGGGUCUCUUGGAGAAAACAUUGUAGCUAUCAUCGACUCAGAGACAGAGACGGUGAAGGAUCGAAUUGUUUCACAAGGAAAUAAUUAGGGUUUUUUUUUGCAUAGUUUUGGAUGCUUAAUCAGUUUUUUUUUU